GUCCUUGUUUUCUGUCGGACAGUAACAAAUGACGCGUUAGUAAACAGAGCGGCGGACGGACAGGGACGGACCGACGCUGAAAACUCACGUGUUCACUAUGAAAAACAGAAAAAACUUUAAAAAUGCCUCAAAAAAGUCAAAAUUCAAGCCCGGAUCUAAAAGGAGAGAAAACAAAUGUGUCGUCACAUUUGAUGACAAAGACAGACAAGAGUAUCUCACUGGAUUUCACAAGCGGAAGUUGGAAAGGAGGAAAGCAGCGGUGAAAGAAAUAGAAAAGAAAAUAAAGGAGGAGCAGAAAAGAGUCAGAGAAGAACGACAUAAAGAAUACAUUAAAAUGCUGAAAGAGAGGACAGAAGCUCUGGAUGAUGAUGAUCUUCUGGAAGACGUAGUGACCAGUAAAACCGAGUCGGUUCAAUUUGAUCACCCAAACCACACUGUUACCGUGACAACCAUCGACGAUCUUGACCUCUCUGGGAACCAUUUGCUUGAAACAAAACGGUCCAACGAGCAGAGCGGCGUUGAAGGCGGCGAUAAAGAGGAGCAAGAGAAAACUCCCACCAUGCCAAGGAAAGCAGGGAAUCCAAUCAUCAACAAGAAGAUUCGCUCCCUCACAGCAGCGCUCAACACUUACACCAGAAAGAGGAAGAGGAAAGGGAAGCGGGUCGGCAGAGGCCGGCAAGGCCGUCCGACAGACAGGAGGUCCGAUGUCACAGAGAGUAAACGCAAAAGAGGGAAGACCACCAAGACCCAGAGACGCCGACAGACAGGGAAGAAGGUCCAUCACCAGGAAUGAGCGUGUACCCGUUUUUCUAAUGUUGUGUAUUAAAAUAUGUAUUCAUUUGGGAUUAAAGGUGAAUCUUUGUUACGUCACGCA